AUGAUCGUGCAGCCGCUUGUUGCUCACCUCUCGUUAGCGAGUGUGGGCGUCGGUUUCCUUGCCGUAACCACCCUCUUGUGCUUCGGAUAUGUUGUGUACAACAGACUCUUCCAUCCGCUCCGGAAAUACCCCGGCCCAUUCCUUGCAACGGUCACCCCGUGGGUGCAGCUCUAUCACGGUUUGAAAGGCGACAGGCAUUUGUGGCUCUAUGCGUUGCACCAAAAGUAUGGCCCUCACGUUCGAGUAGCACCAAAUUUCCUCUCCAUCAACAGUGCUCGGGGCCUGCAUGACAUCUACGGCCAUGGCAAAAAGGUGAAGAAGGGAGACUUCUACAACGCAUUCCCAGCCAUCAAGGGCGUGUACAACACGCACAACGUGAUCGACAAGCAUGUCCACGGCAGAAAACGACGGGUUCUGAGCCAGGCUUUCUCUGAUCAGGCCCUCAAGGGCAUGGAAGAUGUCAUGCUCGUCAACAUCCGCCAGUUCUGUGCCAUCAUGGCUGGUGAUGAGCCUUCCCUUGAUUCAGGCGCUGCAAAGACAGAGAGAGGCUUGGUUGUCCGCAAUAUGGCCGACUGGUUUGGAUAUUUGACCUACGAUGUGAUGGGCGAGCUGUGCUUCGGAAAGAGCUUCGGCAUGUUGAUUGAGCGCGGAAAACGCCAGGUUAUCGGGCUCGUCGACCGAGCUGCUUAUCGCCACUAUGUGUGUGGGUUGUGGAUGCCUUUGGAUCGCUGGCAUUUGGAUCAGGUUUUCAUCCGCAGUUUGACCAACGAUCGAUGGAAUUUCAUCCAAAAGUCUCGCGUUGAGGCGAACCAGCGUGCAAAGGAACGUACCCAAGCCGGUCAUGAAGCCAAGAAGGACUUCUUCUACUAUCUUUUGAACGCCAAAGACCCCGAAACUGGCCGUGGACUCUCGACCCCCGAGCUCUGGGGAGAAAGCAACGUCCUCAUGAUCGCCGGUAGCGACACCACCUCGACCAGUCUUGCAGCAACUAUCUUCUAUCUUGUCCGCAAACCGACUGCAAUGGCAAAAUUGCAAAAGGAAGUUCGAGACAAUUUCACCGACGUCGAGGAGAUCGUGACCGGACCCAAGCUAAACGAAUUGGUUUACCUGAGAGCCUGUAUCGACGAGGCAAUGCGUCUCGCCCCCGCCGUACCCGGCGCCAUGCCCCGUGAAGUUCUGCCCGGAGGCAUUGACGUCGAUGGGCUUCACCUGCCAGGCGGCGUUGACAUUGGAACCCCAUGCUACACCAUCCACCGCAACGAGCAAUACUACCGCGAGCCCAACAGCUUUGUGCCCGAACGCUGGAUCGAAGGCGCCAUGUGCGAGACCGACAACAAGAUCUGGACCUCGUCAAAGGACGACGUGGAUGCUGCACGCAAGGCGUUCUGCGCCUUUAGCAUUGGUCCCCGAGGGUGCAUUGGAAAGGGCAUGGCGCUGAUGGAGAUGCGCCUGACGCUGGCGCGCAUGAUGUUCCUGUUUGACGUGGAGUUUGCGGAUCGCACCGGUGAAGAUGCGAAUGGGCAUCUGCACAUGGUCGAUCACUUUACAAGUCAGAAACAUGGACCGAAUGUUAUCAUCAAAAAGAGACAAUCUGUCUAG